CCCAACCGUCUCCAGACGUCGGGAUAGGCUUCCCAUGACGUCAUUCCCGCUCCCCACUCUUCGCUAUAUAACCCCUUCCUCCGGUUGCCGUGUUCUUUCUCUCGUCACUCUUUCCUCUAUUUCCCCCGAACGGUUCCAGAAUGCAAGACGCGAUCCCGUACAGAUCCGCGCGGGGCUGGUUCCCGACGUCGCCUUCGUCCUCAUCCGCCUCGCCCUCCUCCUCUUCCCUCGGUGGAGUGACCGUGCGGAUGAUGGUGGCGGAGAACCCGGUGGUGGUGGUGGGGCGGCGGGGUUGCUGCAUGGUCGACGUGGCAAGGCGCCUUCUGCUGGGGCUCGGGGUCAACCCCGUGGUGCGCGAGAUCGGAGAGGAGGCCGCCGCCGUAGAGGAGGCGGCAGCCCUGGUGGAGGCGGUGGCCGAGGUCGGGGGCGCCGGUGGGGAUCGACGGCGGUCGUCAAAGCUCCCAGUGGUGUUCGUUGGGGGAAGGCUACUAGGAGGCCUCGAUCGCCUCGUCACCGCCCACAUCACCGGCGAUCUCGUGCCCAUCUUGAAAGAUGCCGGCGCUCUCUGGCUCUAAUUUCCCCAUCUUUUCUUCACAUAUAUAUAUAUAUA